AUGCCGGCGGUGAGACAGGCGUGUCGACGACAGUUUUCCUCAUUCAAGGACAACGGGAGCAAGAUCUUCUGCAGCAAAGUGAUCGUUAAGGGUGACAACCAUGGCGGUGAUGGCGCUUUUGCUGCUUGCGACAUCAAACAAGGCGAGCUGGUCGAACGAGGAAUUGUGCGGAGAAUUCCAGGGCUUGAUGGGAUGAAGAACCCCUAUGUCUUCACCUGGAGCGACGAUGUGCCUAAUCAUGUCUGGGCCAUAGGGUCGGGGUGUGCCACAUUCUAUAACACUUCUUACGAUCCCAACACGUCAAUGAAGAGAUUUUUUGACGAGGACAGGUUUGAAAUUUUUGCGAUCAAAGACAUCAAGGAGGGAGAGGAGCUCACGCACACAUACAAGAGCAAGAAAUGGAGGACAUGCUUUGUAGAUGACGAGCGACUGCAUAAGUGA